UGAAGGCGGCAGCCAAAGUGAUAAUAAAAAUGACCAUAAAUCAGAAACAAGUUGUAGUAGAUCUAUUUCAGUCAUGCAGCAAGAGGUGGAGAGUCAAGUGAACCGUGUGAAUGCCUCUUACUGCGACAAAGUCCUUGCAGUUCUUAAAGGAUGGGAAUGCAUUACCAGCAAUGUCCACUCAUCUGCUUCUCAUAUGAUCUCCUUUGCUCAUUUUCUUUACAAGUGGACAUUAAAGUUAGUGCUUCAAGGUGAAUGGAUUGAUCUGAAGCGUAUUCUGAAGACACGACUCACAACAAGCCUGCAACGCUGCUCACAGGACUCGCCUUUAGCAGUCUUUGUCAAAUCUCUCCUGCCCCUUGUCUCCAACCCAUGGGAGGCGCCUCAACUCAAGCUUGUCCUUGACUCAGACUCUGUGUCUUCUGAAGAUGGACUAGCUUAUUUAAUGUGCGAGCCAUGGGACGUUGUGCGCAUGCGUGUCGAUGCGCUGCUGGAAGCUCGCUGUGAGCAGUUGGCCUACAGAGUUCUUGUCGUUUGCUACAGGCAUUUGCAAGACCCUGAUUCUCCGCUACCGCCGGUAGAGAGCAGUGACCAGGAACACUUCACUGACCUCUAUUUUGUCCUUCUCUUCAAGUUUGACAGAAAUGCUUUCCUUAGUGAGGUGAAGCAUAUUCCUGUUGAGGAAGGUGUGGCAUUCGUUCAACGUUUACUGCACCGGACCGAUGUCACUUCCCGUGUUUGGAAGAACAGACUCAAGAUCGGUGACAUUUGCAGCAAGAUCUUCCUAGCCACAACUAUUGUCAAAGAAUAUGCAGGCAUUUUUUGGCAUGUGUUCAGCGAGUGGUGUAGCGUCGAGCUGAGUCUGGGUGUGAGCCACAUCAAGUUAGAAGAGAUGGUCCGCACCUACAUCAAUCUUGCGUUCUCACAGCAGCAUCUUUACACCAUGAGUUCCAUACUCCACUACAAGUGUGGAGAUCAACUACAGAGCUUAGUAAUAGAGCUGCUCAUAAGAGGCCUGACAUUGGACAUGAAUCAAUUGGAGACGCUGAAACUUGGUCUCACUGAGGAUGACAACAGCAAAGAAGUGUCCGACGUUGAGCAGCGUAUGAGCAUGGGUUUCCUGGAACUUGCAAGUGUUUUUGAAAAGCAUGCCGUGGUUUCCAGAGAAUGUGUGUUAACAGCUUUCAGUUUGCACCCUACCGAGGAAAUACUGCUCAAGUUGCAGCAGUUUGCUGAGCAAGAGCUAUCAUCUAGUCCAAAUAAACUAAUAGUCACAGGUCCUUCUCUCCUCGAACUUACUCCGGAAAAGAAAAAUGAGUCUGAAGAAGAAGCCCAACGCUCUAGUGCUACAAAAAGACAGCUUUUCACUGAUGCUGAGAAUCCCGAAUGUAGUCCUACUAAAAUUGCUGCUGUAUCUCCUUCUCUCCAAGCAGGCUUGAGCUCGUCAGCACAUGAAGACAACUUGACAGCUAAAGGAGGCGAAUAUCCCACUGCACUCAUCACACCCUCAAUAUCGCGCACGGGAUUAGAGUCUGCAAACCAUUCUUCUCCUGGUUGUGUUUCUCCUGGAUACACAAGUCCUGCUCGCUUAUCCUCCUGUGCAGAUGAUGGAGAUACUCCUGGUGAUGGCAGUGUCGAGGAAAGACUUUCUCCCCCUAAAGAAACCCCAAUCACCAGAAACCUUUCUCAGAGUGUAGAAUGCAGCAGCCCAGAUCUCGAUGUAGCACCUCAGGAAGUAGGUUGUGUAAAUAUUGUUGUGGACACCGGUCAGCCUCCUACUGAGAGUGUGCAGACAACCAAGACAGAUCCAAAUGAUGUUCAUGAUGAAUUUCUAAGUGAUGCGAGCAAGCGUCAAUUCGUCGGAGAAGAAAAGUGGGAAGAGAAUGAAAGCAUUACUACCAAACUAGUGCAGGAUUGUUCUGCCAAUGAUUCUCUUGAACCAUGUUCUGAAUCGAGCACUUUGAGAUCCACAACCCCUACACCUAAUAUAGUUGCAGUCUCCACCUCCAAUGUGGAAAAAAUCCCUGAGCUAGCCGAAUGUGCUACUUCCUCUGAAAUGGUGAGCAAAGACCAGGAACGAAAUGAAAAAGAAAUCGGCUUCUGUGCUUCAAGUCAAGACUGCCCAUCUGUUUCAGGUGAAAAUUCCUCCACUAUCGAGUGUAAGUCAGUAACCACCCCGGGGAGUGAAGCUUCCACUGAAGCAACUGCCGUGCUACCUACGCCUGAAGAUUCUACUUGUGCAGCUUCGAACUUGUUAGCAUUAAAAACUGCUGAUUCUCAAACUUCCCUUCAUAAUACUCUGGUUCCAAGAAAAGAAGCUGCUGACGGAGGUAUCGACACUGAUCCGUGCGUGUCAACUGACGUCCCUAAUACUCCUGAAGAUGCGGCAACAACCACUUCAAAUGAGCAGGAUAAAGAUACUUCUGAAGACGAUCCAAUCUCACAUUCCCUGAUACCUGCAACUUCAACUCUCGCUGCUAACUGUGACAUUCUAACCAACCCUGGAGAAGUUCUAGAAGAAAGCAAACUUGGUCUUCCUAAGGAAUUAUGUGAUGACUUGGCCGUAGUUUUGAGUAGCCCUCGAUGGCAGGGUCUGUCUUGGGUGUAUGGUUGGAGGCAUUUGGGUCCUCUUUGCCAACAGUAUAUUGUCGAUUCCAAUGCUGUCAAGAACUUGACCACAGAGCUUAAGUAUCUCGACCUUGACUACACACAGUUCAGACAUUUGCCUUCGAUUGAAAUAGACGAAUUCAGUGGUAUAGAAAAAGGCUAUGAACAGUUUAUGUAUGAUGAAGACUCAGAAAUCCACGUCACCGAAACCGGCCAAACUAUGGUUCUUUCAAAUCGUAAUUUCAGUGAUGUUCGAUCACGCAGAGGUAGAGGCAAGGUCAAGUCGUCUUAUUAUGAUUCCGAUUCUGAUUAUGAUUCAGGAGGAUUUCAAAAAUUUCGCAGUGCUGAUUCUGAUUCAGACUGUGAAGGUUCAACUCGUGUCAUUAAGAAUCGGUCAGGACGAGCCUCGGACGGCGGUUGGGUGAACACUAGCGAUGGAAAACAAAGAGCUGUAAAGAUGAGUCACAAGGAUCGCAGAAAACGACUGAGAAUCGAUCAAACUAUCGAGACAGUUAUUUCGAGGCUCCAUCAGGAUGCCAGAAGCCUUGGCAACAGCAGCACUAACGAGGAUAGUCAAGACAAUUACACUGGAGACAGCGACGUAGCUGACAUUGUUGAAAGCAAUGAUAACAAGCCUGAUAUUGCUCCUGACGUCGUAAUGAUAUCGUGCAAGGGACCUGGCAUUGGUAGUCAAAUGAUAAAUUUAAAAGCUCAAACAAAAGGUGUAAAUAUAAACUCUUCUCGUUCGCUAAUGAUGAAAAAAUACGUCCCGAACAGCUUGAGGUUUUUCCGAAAACACGGUCAAGCACCUCAGCUAGGAUCCCAAGAUAAGGUUAAAAAAUGUAAUGGUGUUCCUCCCAGUGCCGGAUUAUCAAGCGUAAUACCGAAAUCUCUAGUGACUGGCUCUCGAUGUGCAAUGAUGAACAUCAGCUCUCUUUCUGGAAAACCUAGAGGGAAAUCUAUUCAAGCUUCAACCCCUGUCAGAUUUCCUGCACAACGGGCCAUAUCAUCUGUUGGUUUGAAUUCUUCUCAAAGUUUAGUUGGCCACAACCCCUUGCAGUCGUCAUCAAAUACCUCGAAUAGAAGACCAGAAUCACCUGAAAUUGUUGAAUUAUUGAAGCCUCGAGACGCCAUUCAUUCUGUCCGCACAAUCAAGUCUGCCAUGUACAGUUCUAAAAGAAUCAAAAGUCCUCAGCAUAUUCAGAGAGAUCGGGCCCUAUCAGAACGUCUUCGGCUCGAGAAGCUCUUUACUUUUCAAAAUUUUCAGCAAAAUUUCAAGCAAGAAAAGAUGGAUGACGGGAAAUGUUCAAGCUCUAGAGUUCCAAUACAACAGCAACAUUUUCCAGCACCACAUCAGAAUAUCCAGACUAAGACAGCACGAAGUGUUACCAAUCCAAGCAUCUCUCCUGUGGAACACUGUCAACUUCCGACAUCGUCUGUAUCAAGCUCUUCAUGUUCUCUGUACAAACCGAACACUGAUGCAAGAUAUAACUACACUUCAGAAUACUCGGUCGCCUCGUCGAACCCCAGCUCCGCGAUGCAUUCUCCUGACAGCAAUAAUUAUCGCUAUUCAGGAUGCUUGUAUGCAUCUCACAACUCUAAUGCCCGCGUUAGUGCCUCGACUGCUCGGUGCACGUACAAAACCAAUGAUGGCCGAGUUAUCCCUUUGAUUUCUCUAACAGGAGGGCAUGGUUACCAGAGUGCACGCGACGGUGAUAGCAGACGAACGAACAACCAUGGAAACAAUUCCGGUUUUGGAAGUAACAGCACGCGCAACGAUGGAACAAUCAAUCAUGCUGUUAAUCCUGCUGUGAGAAAUCACUCUUCUCUAUCUGCGAGUCUCUCUAAAAGUGUUGGUAAUAAUAACACUUCCCGAAAAAAUUCAGUGACAUCACAAAAUCCUCUCACUGCUGAAGCUAUUGCAGAACUUCUCAUGGGACAAGAAGAAAAUGGCAGUGCAUUGGCAGCAACGAAAGCUUUCUUCAAAAAUUCUAGCGUGACUAUAACAAGGAAACAACUUCCAGUCGAAGAUGUUCUCGAUAAAAGAAAGAUUACUGGUUAUCCUUUUGACAACCGACAACCUUUGGCCAGUGCUCAAAAAAAUGUGUUGAAUAGAAUUAUGUCUCAUGACAACGGAUUUAGUUCUCUGAGUGCCGCCAUCCGUCCACCUAUCCGGGCCAUGCCUGUCACUCACACCACUCCUAAUAUUGUCCCCGACAAGAAUGGUGCUGGACUGGGACGUGUAUUGCCUAAGGGAACUACUGUUGUACGCAAAAAUCAAAACGAUUCCUCUCAUGCCGGGGCUGGCCCGAGUGGGAUGAACAAUGGUGGCGGUAUAAAUAAUUCUAAUCGCGCCGACGUUGUACGACCUAGAGGGGCUUUAGCUUCUCGUGGAACCUCAAUCACUGGACCUUCUCGCUAUAGUGCGCAAAAUGUUUCUUCAACUACAUCUUCAGUCAUUCAUUCGGCGAAUUCUUCAGUUGCUCAGAUGUCUGUGAGCAGCAAUGCAUCUCAACUUUCCAUGUCUUCUGCACAUCCUCUUGCUUCUACGCCUUCAGCUAUGAUCAGCUCAGCGAGUUAUGCCAACAGCAUCAUCAGAAGUUCUGGUCGCGCCACCUCGUCAUAUCGCUCCAUGUCAUCUCCAACUGCCACCUUUGUUAUCACUAGCAAUUCAAACCUCGGUCAGGCUAAUGCCUCUAUGGUUCCUAUAGGAAAUGACCGCGACGGCAUCAUCUUGUCUUCCGGUAUCGGCAAUCAAGUAUUUACCCAUUCUGACGCUAGCAACAGCGGGGGAUCCAGAGAAGUUUACCUCGAUCAGGAAAGUAUUUCUGUCUCAGGGGCUGCUGGAAGAUCCAACAGUCAAGGCUCGCUGGGUUCUACGAGCAACCACUCCGGCAAUAAUAAUAUCACUCCUACCAUUGCAAGUCUUUUAGAUGCUUCAUCUGUCUUAGAACUUGCAUCGUCUGGUGAAGCUUCACCGAACUUAUCAAAUUUUCCCAACACUUCCAUGAGCUCAUCACAUUUUUUAGAGCAAAGCAUAGCGUCUAACAGUGAUGGAAAUGCUGCGUCCCAAGCUUUGCCGGCCCCUUUAGAUUAUGCCACGUUGGUUGGAGGUGCCCUUAACAUUGGUAGAACCCUCGGAAGGGCACCUGGUGAUGAGAGGGAGAAUUCUCACUCAACCGCCUCCACCGUGGCAUCCCAACCGAGGGACCACUCAUCUAAUACAGAAAUUCACUUAUUGAACUCUAGUAACGCUGACGAAUCCAUGAGCUCGUCAAUCAAUGUGACCACAUCUGCCAAUGCCGCAACUCGACAUGGGGGCAGCUUAAUAAGUGGAGGAGGAGGUUUGCUUGGCCGGGUGCUGGCUGCAUCGGGGGUAAGUGGCGUCCGUUUACUCGGGGGCUCUUGUGUUACUGUUGCAAAUGACCUUUCUCCUUCGAGUACAUCUGUGCUGAUUACCUCGUCUGCGGCUGCAAGCAAUGUGGCUUUAUCUACGGUUUUUGUUACGUCUACUUCCAGUAUUGCCAGUACCGGCAGUGGCUGCUCCAAUAGUUCCUCUGAUGGAGACCUGGUUAUUUCUUCUGACCAAACUCGAGGUGAAAACAGUGCAGGAACGUCAUCAACCGUAAGCAGAGGUCAUUCGAAUGGAGGAUUGGUUAGCGGCACGAGUAUGCUUGAGACGCUCCUGAGGGAUAGUCAUGCCAAACGACCUUCUGGAACCAUAAACAUCCGAGUCUCCAGUACGGGCGGACCUUCCGCUAUGGAGAACAAUAACGUACCAACAACAACCACGAAUACCUGCAGUGAUGUGAAUAACACUGGCACUAAUUUGGUUUCUACCAGCUCUCCCCUUGCCAGCUUACUCAGCUCUGGUACUGUCAUCACCUCGGGUAGUCAGGUUCGACUCGCUGCUUCUUCUCCGGCCAUGCACAGUCAUUCAUCAAGUGCUGGGGAAUCAAAUAUAGGGCUGGCGUUCUCAGAAGCCAGUAACACUGAGAAUUCGGCGUUUUUAAUGAGAGGAGGGGAAAAUGUUUUUGUGAGCAGUCAUAACAGCGGCGAAACUCUCUACACAGCGAAUGCAUCUCUAAUUGAUACUGGGGUUGCCCGUGUCGGCAGUGGAGGAGGUACGGUGAUGAUCGGAGGAUCGGCAAGCAGCAGCGUACUACUGAGCUCAGGAGGUACUCUGUCGAACAAUGUACUUCUGACAUCUGGGUCGUCUGCAACAAGUAAUGGCGUCCUUCUCAGUCCUGGUAGUGCCACAUCCGAUGUUGCGUCCAGUCUGCAACAGGUCUUAGUGCCCGCUCAACUGAUUCAUGUUCAAACAAGCGACGGUACCACUGGCUUGGGUCUUGUGCAUUCGACAGCUUUGGAUAUUAGACUUCCUGCUGGCACGCGAGUAAUCAAAUCCAGUGGGUCAAGUUCACUCACAGGAGGCACUGUUUGUCGACCUGGUACUUCUGGGACUAACACUGCCGUUGUUGCGACAUCUUCCCUCGGUUCUCCUGCUCGUCACGUCAAUCUAUUACAAAAUGUUAAGAUUGUGCAGAAUAGACAAAUAGUGCGCACUCUUGUAGUACCGAAUUCAGUAACCUUGCAAGGAAUAGGAUCUCAGCCGCAAGGAACCCAAUUACUUACAAUUAGUGGCGGUGGUGUAAAUACCGGUCUAACAACAGAGCCAUUACCUCUUAAAGUAACGACUUCUAAGUCUGGCACGGCUCGAUCAAUUGGCGCGCCUUGUGGUCUUGUAAUACGCACUGUUAGGCCACCGCAGCCGGGCCAUGGCUCCGCCGUAGAUGCUAUAAUGCAGGAGAAAGCAUCGCGUGAGCGCCGAGUUGAUGUUCCAGAUCGCGCCCAUAUUCAAAUACGUAGCAAUCGAGCACCUACCGACGAAGGGCUUGCUGAGCGACUAAACCGGCAUUACCUGAAAACUGCUGGACAAUUGAAUGCCUCUACAACUGUGCAGAGCGUGGGCACUCAAACACAGACCACGGCCGUAAAAAAUACGGCCGGACAACUUGUGAGUCAAGUAGUAAUGAACAACUUGGGUGGUACAGCAACUGUGUCGUCUUUACCUACUACUGCCGUUCUUUCUGUGGCUUCAGCGAGCACGUCUCAAGACUCGUCUCUGGGUGCUCUUCCUCUACAACAUUCAAGCGCUGUCAGCUCGGAAACACUCGAACAGUUGAGAGAAUUUGAAUCGGUUUUUGAAAAAGUAUCGAACAAAUCUACCAAAGAUGACGAUGAAGUUGUCCCAACCGUCGAGUCUUUCCCAGUUGUUAUGACGCCGGUCGCCGCCACAACUACAGGUUCUUCUGAAGAAUCCAUGAUCGCUGCUCAAUUGCUGAGCAUGGCAAAUGAAACUCCCGUCAGGAGUACUCAAAGUUACGUUUAUUCGUUACCUUCUUCUAGCUCAUCUACAGGAUACAUAUCACUACCGACUACAACGCACGGUGGUACGCUCAUUGUCGUCAACAGUCCCAGCGUGGUGACGGCAAAUCCUAACACUGGACCUGCCAAUUCUCCUCACCAUAUACCUCAACACCCUCAGCCUCCUGCUUCUCCCGCUCUCUCAACCACAUCAUCUCACUCGUCCGUUGCUUCAUCUCCAUCUUCUACUCCAAGCAAGAAGAAACCCCAAGCUGUCUCAAAGCCUAAAAUUGUGCCGAAUACUACUGUGGUCCCUCCGGGUGGAGCUGCUGCUGCUGCUGGGACUUCUGGGGCCUCUAAUGUUGUCCCAACUCCCAUUGCAACUGCAUCCCAUGCUGGGUCCACGUCUAUCCCAACUGUUACUUCAACACCGUCGAGUUCUUCAGUUACUAAUCCAAAAACGCCUCCCCCUCCGAAAGCCCCGCCUAAACCUCAAGUGGCCAAGCCCCAAGUGGAGGACAACGCCGAAAUUCGAGCGCGCGUCCAGGAAAUUUUGGAUGCAUAUAAAAUGCAGUUAGCGGAAACUCCGCAGCAGCAACCAGCUCCACGCAAUAGAAAAAAUUGCCCUCCUUCUCGCAGCGAUUCUAAGUCGCCCGGAAAGAAGAAAAACUCGUCAAGUGGAAAGAAAAUUGACGGAUCUUCUACUAACAGCCCUGUUGCCAGUGAUCCUGGGACUAGUGCCUCUCCUAGCCCCGCGACUUCGGCUACCUCCACGCCUGGUAAUUUGGUGGCUGAGGGUCUGGCUUCUGGAGACUCCUUCAUUCAGAGUACAGGCGGUCUCGUCAGUCCAGCUUAUAGUGGCAAUGCAGACGAAAAAGUAAAUAUUAUUUUAAAGAAAGAUAGUCUUUCACCCUGCGUUGUUGUGUCCAAUGUCAAGACGGAAAAGAGCGCACCUGUUGGGUCAGUUGGUAGUGUACAAACUUUGCCUCAGACCAUCGCUACCGGAGGCCGGAUAGUGCAAUUCAUCCGCACUGGUAGUAAAGUGACGGCCAUCACCUCCCGCCAGCCGUUGUACAAGACGAAACACGGUCUUAGCAGCAGCCACUCUGGUGGACCGCCCCCUAAUGUUACCAUUCAAGGCCACAUCAACAUGUCUAAUAUCAUGGAAAGUCAUCUUGCCUCUCUUCUCAGUGGCAACCCUCAAUCGUCUAUCGUGGGGAAGAAAAUAGGCACGAGCGAGAGCGGUGGGACAGUCCUGUUGCAAACUCACUCUGGUCAACUCGUUCAAGCGAACCAAAUCAGCGGGACUGGAGGCAGCGGCGGCGCUACUCAGGUAAUUCAAUCUAUUGGCGGGGGACAGCAGGUGGUGCAUUCCACUAGCGGGACAGCACUCGUUCACCUACAGCCUGGACAACAAGUUAUUCACACAGCCACUGGUCAAGUCGUGCAACUGGGUGCAUCAAGUGCCCUUUUGUCGGGUGGGUCGCAAGGUGUGCAACAAACCGGAAUGACAUCAGGCAACACUAGCAGUGUAACCUCGGGGGAAUCUACGAUGCACACAAUUGUUCAGAGUGGUUCAUGUAAGGUGAUUCAAACAAGCGGAAGUGAUGCAACCCUUCACACAAUUAUGCCUGGCAGUUCAACCAUCAUUCAUCGAGCAUCUCACGGAGGAGCAGAAGGAAGCAGUCAUCUGGUAAUCCCUCAGCAACAAGCUAUUGUAGUUCAGCAACAACCACAGCAUGCAAACAUUCUCAGUCCUGGAGUUAUCAAACGUACGGUGGCUCGUACAUUAGACAGCACCAUCACUCACGAGGAUGCCUGCGACUCGGACCAAAGUAGUGAUGGAGUAUCAUUGCCUCCAUUCUUCACUCUCGCAAAACCAUUUCUUGGAGGUGCAAAAUCUGGCAUAGGCGCGAGCGGGACAUCCGGUGGCAGGAAACCAGGCAAUGUUGCUUCUGAAACCGCCGCUGUUGUUGCCGCUGCCGUGUCGUUGGCAAAUCAGUCCAAGAACUCCAUUAACAACGUUACCCUCUAUACAUUGGAUGCUAGUACUGGAAUUGUCACCACGACUUCAGGUGGAUCAUCAGCUCCAAGUCCCUCAACAUCGGUUCAAGCUGGUGCCAAUGAAGACAGUCGCGGUUCAUUCCAGAGCAGCAUUGCAGAAGAAGGCGGUGGGCUAUACAGAGCCGUCUCGGAAGACUGCGCGACUGUUUACCGCGGGACUGUUGAGGACACUCUAGUGUACUCGGCGGAGAGAUCCGCCCUCGAUAACAGCGAAUCAAAUCAACGAGACGAUCGCAACGAGCGGAGCGCCAUGCUUGUCUCUUCUGAUGGCCGCACCAGCUCCCUCGACUCGCUCAAAAGUGAUUUAAGUGGUGAAGAGGUACAGGUUCCUCCUAGUCCCUCGACGCUAACCAAACAGCUGCAAAACGCCUACAUGACUGACGCUGCCCUCUCACCUUCUUUGGUGCAACAGCAACAUCAGCUCCACCACCUAACCACGUCUAUAUCUUUGCCUCACGAAAUGUCGCUCUCUGAUCGGGGAGAAACAGAUGCACAAGAUAUUGCAAAGCAUCGCAUGCAGCGACCUCACGGACUAAUAUCAGGACCAGAUGGUUCUGACCCCCAACAACAGUCGUCUGAGUCUCCUACUGUGUCGCAAGACAUGCAUUUCCCGCUCUCCCCGUCAGUUUACCAGUCACCGCAUGGCUCCAGCUCCCCAUCAUGUGUAAGUGGUGGGGUUAACGCGACUUGCGGUGUCGAACACGGUGCCGCAAACAGGUCUGUUCUCAUUCAGAGUCCGUCUGGGGACGUGUAUUUAGACGGGUCGGGGCCUGCACUCAACAGUCUCGACACUAUGCCCCUCGUAGCGGGGAUGGAAGGACGAGUUCAUUCCCCAGCUCUAAGUGAUUUGGUUACCACAGGCACGUUGUUGCCCUGGUCCCCACGGUCGGCCGACUCCAUGAUGGCACAAAGUCCAACUAUACAUGACACUUUAUCUGCUAACAUGGGACUGGAUGUGCCGCAUUCUUCUGACACUUUGUGUGAUUCAUCUACGCCUUUUCCUGUGCUAUUCUCAAUGGAGGGUGACGGUGCAAGCGUUUCUUCGAGUGCCAGUGAAGACUCGCCAUUUCAGACGGGUAGUCGACAACAUGGAGGACUUGAACAAGGUGACGACUCACCAUCUCCUGACGCUAGUUCCGCCGCUGAUUCGCUUCAAGAGCGAGUGUCGUUUUCAACUAGAGAUCACAUUGGGAACAUAUCCUCCACAUGCCCGAGUCCUGUUGGACAAGAUUAUAGUUUAACCAUUGGAGGCAGUAAGCGUGGCAUUAACAGAUCUUCCACGUAUUCUAGUUCGAAUAUUUGCAAUAUCUCCUGCAGUGAAUAUCUCUCCAACAGCAUUACUGAGCCAAUUCGUGAAACUCCGUGGAGGUUUGAAAGCGUUUUAGUGAGUAAUGUUACGAACGUUGGUUCAUCACCUCCCCGAUGUGCCCUUCUCAACAGCGGCAACUCGGAAGACGAGAAUGAUGCCCCUCCCUCGUACGAUAAUUUAAACGAAGCGGGAAACGCCAACGACGUCGACGUUUCUCCACAAAAUGUAGAAAAUAAUCAUCACUAUGAGAAUCAGUCAAAUGCUGCGGAACCUCAGCCGGAAAUGGAAGAAAAUCUCGUGUAUGUCUCGCUAGAAAAGAGCUUAGAAUCUGAAGAAGUUCUUAAUGAAACUGUUCAAACAGAAGUUAAGUCUGAAGAAGUUUCAGAGUCGAAAUUGUCUGACACGAAUGUGGAAGAAGAACGUAAAUUAAACGAUGUUGCACCUAAGAUUGAAGAUGAUAAAACCUUCACCGGAAGAGGUAAGAGAUCCUUGGGUCGCAAGCGACCUAGCGAUCAGAUGAACUCUGAUCUUGAACACGAAGGCGAGUUUAAACGCCUGAAAGAGGAAAAAGAUGAACUUGCUUCGGAGAGCAUCGCUUCAAGCUCUGAUGUAGCAGCGAGCGAUGUUCACGCGUCAGUGGCAUCGUUACUCACUCAAUCACGUGAGACAGGCAGCAAUUCUGAUAACGGCUGUGAAAGUUCGGUGAACUCUCCGUCUCAGAAAGUUUUACUGCGUGAGAGUCGUGUUACGCCCAGUGUUAAACGUCGUCGGUGCGGCUCUGAAGUGAACGCUACUGGCAACCCUGAUUCCUCAAACACACCACUGGAUUCGAAUAUCCCGGCUGCACCUUUACAAUUAACAUCUAAUUCACGACUGGAAAGCUCAUUGCCUUGUCAGUCUCCAUCCCCAGUUGGAGGCAUGACAACCCGACGGGCGUCCAAUAGAGACCACGCCAAGAAACAAAGAUGCUCAUGCUGUUCUGGAGCCGGAGGAAGUCAUCCUGUUUCCGGCUCCGUUAAUGCAUCUUUUCGUUUAGCAAGUAACCACGAAUGCGAACCUCCAACCUCGUCGGCCACUGCCGAGACCUCUGAAGGGACGAGUACCCAAAGUCCAUCUUCGUCCAAGUCAAAGUCUCAUUCUACUUCAUCUUCGAUACCUCAGAGCUCAAGUUCGCCCCCUGGAGAUGUUGUCUGCCAAUCAUCGAGCCUACCACCAGUUAGUCAAAAGAAGGGUAACGCAAAUUUUGGUCGGCGAACGAGUGCUCGUAUGAAUAAAAUUACUGAUGGUGCUGAUACCAAAGUCAACGAUAAGCGCAGGUGAUGAUCGUAGAAUCAUUGUAGAAUGUUUAUUAAUUUCAAUGGACUCGAGAUCGAAUGUAUUGUUUUGUACCUCCUCGUGGUGCUGACGCUAGCUUAAUGACUUCACGCUCGUUUAAUUAAGUUAAUACUAUAUGCCAGACCGUUUCGUUACCUGUUGCUUCUUACAUAUGUUGCCUAAAUAUGUCUUGGUUGGACAGUUUCCAUAUGGUUUCAAUAUUAAACAGUUUGUCCGUCCUCGCGCCAUUCCCUUUAGUAAUUUUUCUCCACGUUUCACUGUCACAAUGGGAAUUUUUUUGAAAAUUUCUCAUGCCUCGAUUAAUUUUUUCUUGCGAGUUGAGAAAUCAGAACAAUGUUAAUAACAUUUAUUGGUGCCAGUUUGCAGUGAGCAUCCCUUCAGUCCAGUGGAUUGGCGGUAUUGGAAAUUCUAAAUUUAAACUAUUUCAAAACUUCAUGAACUUGGUGGUAUUUGCAAAUUCCGUGCAUUAACGUCAUGUUUCACAGAAUUUCUCACUACAAGUGCAGGAUAGUAAUUUGUUAAUUUAAACAAAAUAUUAGUAAAAUUCGAAAGUUCUCACGCGUUUCUCAUUUUUACUCGCUAAUAUAAAUUGGUUUGUGAUUAGUCGAAACGCUUUGUUUGUUAUGGUUCAAACGUUUCGCGAGUUUCUUCUGUUUCUUAUAGUGAGAGCUGAAAUCGUUUAAUCGGAAAUUUUUGAGAGGAAGUAUUUGAGGGUGAAGUUUAUACGACCAUCAUUACGUAUUUUGUUUUUAUGUAUAUUUUGAGCGAUGCGGUGCGCCGCAUUUGUGUUGCGCUCUCGCCAGUGGAAUAAUCUUGUUUUUUGGCGACCGCUCAUGGGUUACCAUUGCGUUAGUAAUAUUCGUCUGACGGCCCUCGUCUGACGAUUUGGCUCCUUAUUGUUAUUCUCCGUUUUUGUUUCCUCGUGAUUUUUAUGGAAUUUGUUUCUUUGUUUGGUUGUUCAUGAGUUUAUGAGCCACUUUUUUCACUACACUUUUUUUUGUUAUUUCUUACUAGUUUAUGCCACUUUGAGUGUUGUAUUAAUUUCCCGCCUGUAUUUAAACACCACUCUCUCUUUCAUCUUCAUCGUAAUUGUAUUUAUUUAUACUAUUCAUCUUACUGCUAAUGAUUUUCUAUGUCGCGAUAUAAAUGACAAGUCUUUCUGUUUCACCGCAAGCGUACGAAUUGUAAUUUGCCGCUACAAAAUCGUUUAAUAUAGCUGUAUCACCAUUCGCUAAAUUAAUUAAUGUUAACUUUGUUUUGCUGCAAGUUCUUGCAAGUCCAGGCAUUUAUCCAGCAACGUCAUCUACUACUCCUUGCGCCUCACGUAUUUCAACCUUUACAAAAUGUAUUUUUGCAUUUCGUUAGUCUGCAAAUUCGUAAACGCCUAGACUAGCGGGAGGAAGUUCACAUUUCAAAGGAGAGAUUAUUAUUCGUAUGACGAAGGAUUCGCUAUUUCUUCGUUAUCUCAUGGUCUUAUUUCAUCAUUACUCACCGUCCUUCUUCAUUUUCAUCGAGUUACGUUAAUGUAUUCAUUAGAUUUAUUGUAACAUUAAGAUUUUCAUUUAGUUUAUUGUAUUCUACAGUAAGUCGUGUGUUAAGUGCCGUGUAAUUUUUUAAGAACCUCGUGGUUCUCCAUUUGCUACAAUUAAUUUAAUUUAUUCCUAGAACUCUAAUAUUCUAAUAAAAAUGAUCUUGUCUUUACCUUUGUGACGUGAUUUUGUAUCUCUCUUCAUAUUUUACAACAAUUAAUAAUGAGAAAAUCUCGAAAAACCUUAUUUUUCGAGCAAUUCAUGUACAAGUUUGUCUAUGAUCUACUCGAUUAAAUGUGUCUAACGGUCUAUGACCUACUCUUUUAUAUAUAAAUAUUAGCAAAAGCGCCAUUGUUGAAAGCAUCCAAUUCAUCCUGAAUGAUUUGUCUGAUGCAUUCGCAAUCAGCUUUUGUGCUCGUGGUCGUGACGUUUAACGAGCACCCCACCCGCCACUCUCGUAGAUUGCAUGGGUGAUCACGUAGUUAUAGUUCAAACUAUGAGAGCACGAAUUAUAAAUAUUUAUGAAAAGUGAUUUUCUCCGAUGAAAAUUUCGGAUAUCACUCGUGCGAAUUUUCUGUUGGUUUUUCCUUUUGGAUUUUUGUUUAUGACGGACCGAAUUUUUAUCGUUUGUAAAAGAUUGACCGGAUCUGCAUCUGGAAUUAUUCAGAACUCUUCAAGCUUAAAUUUUGCUGUGUUGAAGUACUUAGGAAGUGUUCUCAAAAAUCCAGUUAUGAGCUAAAUCAGGUGUAUUUUUCAACAUUUUUUCGUUAUCUGACGCUCUGUCAAGCAAAAUGUUUAGGUAAUUGUUUUCCUCGGAAAGAUCUUGCGAUUGAGACUAUAGCUGGAGGCUAUCUUCUCAGCAGGGAUUUUAUGAAAAAAUAACUUCUGAAGUUUAUUUGCCAGGUGUUGAGUUAGACUACUUAAUGGUCUAGCAUGUUCAGUAGUUGUGAUAGCUUUAACUCAGCGAAUAAGCAUUGAUAGCUAGAUCACAAUUAUGUCACAAAGUAUUAUAGGACCCAUGUCUUUUGCACUUGUCUCUUGCAGGUCUUUGCGUAAAGAUCGUCUCGAUACGGUUAUAUAUAAUUGAUUCUCAAAGAUGUUCUACAUUUCGAGUUACUUUGCUACAGUGUCCUUGCCUGCUGUAAAUCGAUGCUAAGAUAUUUAAAUGUAUUUCAAGCUAACGCGUGCCGUAUCUAACUCGUUUUCUGCAUUGUCUUGACUGCUUAGCGUUUGAAGUGUUGUCGCAAAACUUUGCACGUUUCCAAGACUUGAUGCCUCAGGUUCGGCGAGUGUAAACUAGUCUUAACUCGGCUGGCGAGUUUAACAUAUAGAGGGCAUUAGUAGCACACAGUGAUAAACGUUACUCACUGUAAUCUCGAGAUGUGUGCACCGGCACCGCUUGCAUUUGUGGAUGAGUAGCACGGAGUAAACUAAUUCGUGUUAGUGAUGUAACUAAACGAGGGCUGAGCUUACCCACUUUCUUUUCAUAAUUCUACUGUGCUUGACUAGGAAUAGAUGUGCGAGCGAAACGUUGCUAAAUAAAGAUAUUACUAUUCGUGUUUUGAAUGUUCGCAGACAUUUUGCAACACUGCGAGCUUCUCAUAGGAAUGAGUGUUUACUUCUUAGAAAGUCGCCGGAUUCUUCUUGUAUUGGUCUGUAUAUUUCUGUACAAAUUUUGAGCUGUUCGUUGUAGUAGUGGCCAAUGUACAAAUAAGUACUGCCUCUCAAUGGUUGAAAUGUGUCGACCAUAGCCUCCAAAAGAACGUCUUAUGUUUUUUCUUAAUUUCGUAGCGGGCGCUUGUAAUUUGCUAUUAUUUCAGCUUACUACGGAAUCUUCCAACUAUUUAAUGUUUAGCUAAAGGAAUAGUAGUUGGUCUUGAGAGAUAUUUUCUCCAAUCUUUACUCGUGUAUCUGUACAGCCAUUUGUGAAGUGUAAAGAGCGGCUUGUGUACAUUGUUGUGUAUAAAUGAUUCCCUUGCUUAGUCCGUACAGUCGCUGCAUAAAAUAUUACUCUUGGGUUCUUCCUUUGGUUUUCUUGAUGUAGUUUUCGAGAGAACUUACGUACGUGAAGUGCGUGCUGUUUUGUGAUUUUCUAGUCCAUUGUUCGAAAAGAGAUUGAGUGAACGGAUUAUUUGCUAUAUUUUAACAAAUAUCUGAAGAUUUUCUGCGCGUUGAUGAUAAAUAUUGCCUUCAAUUAUUUUAAUUUUUUAACCAUUCGAUGGUUUCACAUUGUUUCUGGUAUCUUGGGCGGUCGUUCAAGGGUAAUGAUUUAUGUUUGUAAGCGCUGCAUUUUUUAAAAUGAAUUUUUCAUCUGCGUUUACUCGAUAGGGAUGGCAAUUUAUUUGUUUAGUUCUCACUUUGAUGUUAUUGUGGCUCUCUUUCGCAUCGGUUUCUUUUUGUACCGCGCUUGCCGCAGUAGUCUUUCGAUUUUCCUGGGCUGAUAAUCAUAUAUUCUCGGAUUGCGCAGAUUCUUACGACGUAAUGUUUUUCUUUUCAAUCAAUAUCGUAUGCUUAUUUUAACAGUCGGCUGUAUCCAUGCAUUUCAUUUUCUAAGCGAGAGAUGGAGUUUUGGGUUCUCAGUGCUAAAUAUUACUGAUCAAGUAGCAAAUUACCUGUUCAGCCACUCCCGCUUCUGUUUUAGAACUACCUGAGUAUUAGCUUACUUGAUUUAUAUAUUACUGGAGUGAUAUAGCGUUGCUCUCGCCGUUUCACGAGGAUUUCAUGUUUUAGUAGGUACCGUAGCGAAUACUAUUUCAGAGCGGCUGGACAUGUUUCAUAAUAAAGGGAAUUACUUGGUGUUCAUGAAAGAGCGCGUUGUGAGCUUGCGGAGAAAACUCGUGAUAGUCUUCAAGGCGUAUAUCCAUCUUAUUUAUUAUAGAUUGAGAACCUCUGAAUUUUGAAGGCUAAUCUCAAGAUUUAUCGCCAGCGAGUAGGACGGCGUCGUCUACAGUGCAGUUUUGUCUUUUAAUAAAUUAUUCAAAUCAAA